AUGGAUCCCAAGGCACCACAUCCCGACAGAUGGUCAAGUUAUCUCUCGGAAAUAUUCACUUCUGGGAAGCCACCUGUUCUGGGAACCGUCGACAUCAAGGAGAUAGACGAGAGAGCCCAGGAGGUUCUCAAACGUGAUUCCCCGGCUUAUUUGUAUGUCUCUGGAAGUGCUGGGACCGGUUCCACAAAACGUGCGAACCGCAAAGCAUUCGACAGAUGGAAGAUUAUUCCUAGAGUGUUGACUGAUGCUUCCGUUCGGAACAUGGAGACUACGAUAUUCGGCGUAAAAUACCCAUCACCUCUCUUCGUAGCUCCCAUCGGCACCCAGGGUGUCUUACAUGCAGAUGGAGAACUCGCCACUGCACGGGCUGCAGCUAACAUAGGGGUACCUUUCAUUAUGAGUGCAGCUUCUUCUCGUUCCAUCGAGGAUAUCGCCAAGGCCAAUGGCCCAAGCGCUCACAGGUGGUACCAACUUUACUGGCCUCGCACUGCAGACGUGACGCUGUCGGUGUUGAAGAGAGUGAAAUCCAACGGAUUUACUGCUCUAGUCGUCACUGUGGACGCCAUGCGCCUCGGAUGGCGUCCGUCCGAGAUCAAGUCCGCGUUCCUCCCGACAGUGUAUGGCGUGGGCGUUCAAGUGGGUGUGGCCGACCCUGUGUUUAUGGCACGACAUGGCCUGGAGCCAAGACACGAGACCACCAAGCUAUACGACAGCGCGCGGUGGGUGGGGAUGAAGGGGACUUGGGACGACAUCAAGUUUCUGAGAGAUAACUGGGAUGGGCCACUGGUCCUGAAGGGUCUGCAAAGUGUAAAAGAUGCCGAGAAAGCUAUCGAAAUGAAUGUAGAUGGGAUCAUCGUAUCUAAUCAUGGUGGCCGACAAGUCGACGGUGCUAUCGCUUCGCUGGAUGCGUUGGACCGAAUUUGCCAGUCGCGCAAGGUCUUGGAAGCUCAGAGAUCCGGCAAGUUCACUGUUCUCUUCGACUCUGGAAUACGCACAGGUAGCGAUAUCAUCAAAGCACUUGCGCUAGGUGCCCAGGGCGUUCUAAUUGGGAGACCAUUCAUGUAUGGUCUAGCGAUCGCAGGGCAGGCGGGUGUAGAACAGAUCUUGCAGCAGACUUUGGCCGAUUUGCAUGUUACGCUGGGCUUAUGUGGAUUUAAACACGUCAGUGAUAUAGUAGGGAAAAGGGGAGAUAUCAUGAUCAAAGCGAGUGAAUGGAAAAGUAAAUUGUGAUAACAAUGGUUUCCGCCUAUGUAAGUUGAUGUAUUCCA